AUGGAUUUUGGGUCUCUGGAGACGGUUGUGGCCAAUUCUGCCUUCAUCGCUGCUCGGGGCAGUUUCGACGCCAGUGGUAGCUCCCAUUUAUCUCGGGACAAGAAGUACUUUUCAAAGCUCAAACUGCCUCCUCUCUCCAAAUGUGAAUCCCUACGGGACACCCUUAACUUAGACUUUGAAAACAUUUGCUCCGAACAGCCUAUUGGCAAGCGCCUCUUUCAGCAGUUCCUAAAGAGUAUCGAGCAGCAUGUCCCCGCGGUUGAGCUAUGGAGGGACAUCGAGGACUAUGACACGGCUGACAAUGACUUCCGUCUUCAGAAAGCCCAGGCCAUCCUUGCUAACUACCUGGAUCCCAAGGCCAAGCUUUUCUGCAGCUUCCUGGAGGACGGGAUGGUUGAGAAGGUCAAGGAGAAGCACUCAAGCAUCCCCAAUGGACUCUUCCAGCCUCUUCUUCAGACAACUCUGGAGCAUCUGAGUGGGGCACCCUUCAAAGAGUACUUGGAGAGCUUGCAUUUCUUGAGAUUCCUGCAGUGGAAGUGGCUGGAAGCCCAGCCUAUUGGGGAAGACUGGUUUUUGGACUUCAGGGUCCUGGGAAAGGGGGGUUUUGGGGAGGUGUCGGGUUGCCAGAUGAAAGCCACAGGCAAGAUGUAUGCCUGCAAAAAACUGAAUAAGAAGAGACUGAAGAAAAGAAAAGGGUACCAAGGUGCUAUGGUAGAGAAGAAAAUCCUUGAGAAGGUCCAUAGCAGAUUUAUAGUCUCUUUGGCUUAUGCAUUUGAAACCAAAACUGACCUCUGUUUGGUGAUGACCAUCAUGAAUGGAGGAGACUUAAGGUAUCACAUCUACAACGUCAAUGAGGAGAAUCCUGGUUUUGAGGAACCACGAGCCGUCUUUUACAUUGCCCAGAUCGUCUGUGGCAUGGAGCACCUCCACCAGAAAAGGAUUGUGUACAGGGAUCUCAAGCCAGAGAAUGUCCUGUUGGAUAAUGAUGGCAACGUCCGGAUUUCUGAUCUUGGCCUUGCAGUGGAACUGAAGGAAGGACAGACAAAGACAAAGGGUUAUGCGGGCACUCCAGGUUUCAUGGCGCCAGAAUUACUUCGGAGUGAGGAAUAUGAUUUCUCCGUGGACUACUUUGCUUUGGGGGUUACAUUAUAUGAGAUGAUUGCAGCCACAGGACCCUUUCGAGCCAGAGGAGAAAAGAUUGAAAAUAAAGAACUCAAACAGAGAAUUAUUUCCGAGCCUGUGAAGUACACAGAGAAAUUCAGCAAGGCCAGCAAGGACUUCUGUGAAGCCCUCCUUGAAAAAGACCCAGAGAAGCGUCUUGGAUUCAAAAAUGGGAACUGUGAUGAACUCCGAGUCAACGUCCUCUUCAAGGACGUUAACUGGAGGCAGCUAGAAGCUGGUAUGCUGAUACCUCCUUUUAUCCCUGACUCUCGAACUGUCUAUGCAAAGAACAUCCAGGAUGUUGGUGCCUUUUCCACUGUUAAAGGGAUUGUAUUUGACAAAGCAGAUACUGAGUUCUUUCAGGAAUUUGCAACUGGAAACUGUCCCAUUCCUUGGCAGGAGGAGAUGAUUGAAAUGGGCAUUUUUGGGGACCUGAACGUGUGGCGUGCUGAUGGCCAGAUGCCCGAUGACAUGAAGGGCAUAGCUGUGGAAGAGUCACCCGGGGCAUCCAAGUCAGGAAUGUGUCUGAUCUCCUAGGGAAGCGCUCAUCCAAGGCCUGAGAUACUUUUUCAUAGGAAGCAUAACGCUGGGAGACCAGGCCAAGAAAGGGAGGAAAGGUCAGAUUACUUAGUAAAACAAAAUAAUAAUAACUUUAAAAUCUGGAACUCUCAGUUCUGAUAUCAAUUCAUCUUCUUGAUGAUCAAGAUCUUCUCGUCAUUACUCUCUUAAGCAAGUGGGUUUAGGCUGCUCCUGGUAUAUUGGAAUUCCUCCUUAGUAGCACAAAUAAUCAGUAGUUUUUCUUCUUGGAACAAAGAGAAGGAAAGGAGUAUGUGCUAAAGGGUGGUCAUGCUUUACUGAUGCGUAAUAAAUUUCCAAUCCAUAAUAAUGUUUCUUCAGAGUCAGAAUACACAAGAAAGAGUCACCAGCAAAGUUGUUACUCUCACCUCUGAUACCUGGGGUGAGAGACCUUCUUGGGAACAAAGCCUGAUGGAGGAAAGACUCUGAAAUAUCAACCCACAGGGAAAAACGGGGACCUUGAACUGCUGCUGGGGUGGCCUCUGGGUGGGGAGGUGUGGUGGUGUGGCGUGUGAAACAAUGGAAGUGGUUGUGCUGUGGUGGUGGGAGAAGUGAUAUGAGUCAACAAAGGACCAGAAGAUGUGUGAGAGCCCCCAAUGUUAGGAGGAGGAAAAAACACGCUUUCCUAGAUGUAGGACAUCCUGGGGCAAAGCCUUUCUUGUCCUACCCUGGUUACCCGGUUAUAUGUGAAGAGCCACCAAUGUCAGAGAGAGGAGAAAAGAUGCUUUCCUAGAUGUAGGACAUCCUGGGGCAAAGCCUUUCUUGUCUCAGCCUAGUUAUAGCUCUGGGUCUCCAGCAGGAAUGGUCGGAACCUCUUAGAAUUUUUCUUGCAUAGAAAUGCAACCUGUAGAGAGAAUCUUGAUGUUUUGUUAGUGGUAUGUUAACUGAAUCUAUAGCAGAACAGAUUUGUUGGUGGAACUGUGAGUGGGAUUUUUGUUCUUUGUCAAUGGAUCUCAUUCUUCGUGAUGAGAAACUUGGUAUAGACCGACUGGUGUUACUGUUCAUUGGACUAUCCAGAGGGAAAGUUUUUUUUUUUUAUCAGAAUCCCCCAAACCUGCAGUUCUUAAACUAAAAAUUUAAUAACUUAGCUCAGGUCAGAAGGCUCAGGGAACACUGGCGGGGGGCCAUUUCUCCCACUAAUCCCUAUGCUCCAUGCCUUACUUGUGACGGAUAGGGCCAUUUGCACUUUUCAGGAUUCCAAAGUACUUUAGCAUUUUCAACUUAGUGAGGUAAACUUCUGUACCAUCAGCCCCCAACGUGGGUACUUCUAAGUUAAGAUAGAGAUUUUUAUUGCCCCGUAAGUCUUGUGAUCAAAAGGGAUAGAGUUGCUUACAGCUCAAGGUCUUGACCAGGGAGAGGGCAAAGAAUAUUGUCAGCCACAUUUACUCUCUGUUGGAAAUAGUCUCAAGUCAAGAAAUCUGGCUACACUUUCUUUUCUCCUGGGAACCCCAGGAAGCCAAGGAGAAGGCGGCAUGGCCUAAAGACUUCUGGAGGAGCUUUGUAUUUGUGAUUUUUGGAUGAGCCUGCAACUGUUUUUCUGGAAGACGAAAUCAGUUUUUUCUUGUUACUGGUCAGGAGCUGGCUUAGAUGUCAAUAUGGCUUCUGGAAAACAAUUUGGCAAUAUGUCCUAAAAGUGACUAACCUGAGCAUCCCCUUAAUCUAAUGAUACUACUGCUAGCCCUAUACUCCAAAGAGGUCAGAGAAAAAAGAAAAGGACCAUUUAUAUAACUAUAUCUAGGAGCUCUUUAUGUGGUGGCAAAGAAUUAGAAACUAAGGGGGUGCCCUUCAAUUAGAGAAUGAUGAACAAAUUAUGGCUUAUGAAUGUAAUGGAAUAGUACUGUACCGUAAGAAAGGAUGAAAGGUACUGUUUCAGAGAAACAUGAGAAGAUUUGUAUGAACAAAUGCAGAGUGAAGUGAGCAGCCCCAGAAGAACAAUUUAUUCAAUAACAUGAUAAUUAUAGACAAAUUUGAAAGACUUAAGAACUAUGAUCAAUGCAAUGAUGAAUUACAAUUCCAAGGAACCAAUGGACACAUACACGCUACGCCACCUCAUGACAAGGAGGUGAUGGGUUUAAACUACACAGUGAGAUGUAUAUUUUUGGAUUUGGCCAAUAUGGCAAUUUGCUUUGCAUGGCUAUGCAUAUCUGUUUCAAGGGUCACGUUUCUUUCUUUCUUUCUUUCUUUCUUUCUUUCUUUCUUUCUUUCUUUCUUUCUUUCUUUCUUUCUUUCUUUCUUUCUUUCUUUCUUUCUUUCU